CCCUCUCCUGGUGAACCGGAUGCGCUGUCAGCUUCCUCGUCCGUGGACGCGGCCGCCACCCGUCUCCCUGCCGUAACCACAGGCACCCACGAGGGCACGGGCGGGGGGCCCCCGGCGGCUGGCCUGGCAGGUGUGGGGCGCCGGUAGGAGCUGGGCGCGCACGGUUACCGAGCGUGGAGGAGACACUGCCCUGCGGCGAUGGGUGCCAGGGGCGCUCCUUCACGCCGGAGGCAGGCGGGGCGGCGGCCGCGGUACCUGCCCACCGGGAGCUUCCCCUUUCUCCUCCUCCUGCUGCUCCUCUGCAUCCAGCUCGGGGGAGGACAGAAGAAAAAGGAGAAUCUUUUAGCCGAAAAAGUAGAACAGCUGAUGGAAUGGAGUUCCAGGCGCUCAAUCUUCCGAAUGAAUGGCGACAAAUUCCGAAAAUUUAUAAAGGCGCCGCCUCGAAACUAUUCUAUGAUUGUUAUGUUCACUGCUCUUCAGCCUCAGCGGCAGUGUUCUGUGUGCAGGCAAGCUAAUGAAGAAUAUCAAAUACUGGCUAACUCCUGGCGCUAUUCAUCUGCUUUCUGUAACAAACUCUUCUUCAGUAUGGUGGACUAUGAUGAGGGGACAGAUGUUUUUCAACAGCUCAACAUGAACUCUGCUCCUACGUUCAUGCAUUUUCCUCCAAAAGGCAGACCCAAGAGAGCUGAUACUUUUGACCUUCAAAGAAUUGGAUUUGCAGCUGAACAGCUAGCGAAGUGGAUUGCUGAUAGAACGGAUGUUCAUAUUCGAGUCUUCAGACCACCCAACUACUCUGGCACCAUUGCUUUGGCCUUGUUAGUGUCACUUGUGGGUGGCUUGCUCUAUUUAAGAAGGAACAACUUGGAAUUCAUCUAUAACAAGACUGGCUGGGCCAUGGUAUCUCUGUGUAUAGUCUUUGCUAUGACUUCUGGCCAGAUGUGGAAUCAUAUCCGUGGACCUCCAUAUGCUCAUAAGAACCCGCACAAUGGACAAGUGAGCUACAUCCAUGGAAGCAGCCAGGCUCAAUUCGUGGCAGAGUCACACAUUAUUCUGGUACUAAAUGCUGCUAUCACCAUGGGGAUGGUUCUUCUAAAUGAAGCGGCAACAUCCAAAGGAGAUGUUGGAAAAAGACGGAUAAUUUGCCUAGUGGGAUUAGGCCUGGUGGUCUUCUUCUUCAGUUUUCUACUUUCAAUAUUUCGUUCCAAGUACCACGGCUAUCCUUACAGAUAUCCCUUAAUGAAGAUGCAGAUUUGAAGAUAACACCAUCUGCUAAUUUAAAAAUCACCUUUAGCCAGCCAGCGGCUUUAGCUCCAACACUUUGCAAAGUAUGUACUUGCUUGGGUGUAAUGCGUCUGUGUUUUGUGACUAUUGAUGUCUUCCUUUGAAAUUUCUGUGAAUUAUAACUUUUGUACCAAGAAAUACCACUGAUCCACAGAACUAUGUCCAGAAUUAUCUUUAAAUUAAUUUUUUCAUUAUUUCCUUACGAUUUUGAAUUCUGUUUAAUCUGCAACCUUUAAUUUCUUCUAUAUGGAGUGAUCUUUUUGUUUUUUAUUCAUUUGUUUUUAUUUUAAUCUUACACCUCACAAAACCAUAAACAUUUUUGCACAUCAUCAUAUUUUCUUAGUAUUUCACACUGCUAUUUUUUUUUGGUCAAUCUGUGUACCUGCUGAAGGGAAUAAAAGUCUAUUUUAAAUGUUUAUCCUAUUCCUUUACAUUUUCCCCACAUGUUAGUCUUAAGGAUUUUUUCUAGUAUUGAUGUGUUUCACACCAUCAUUAAAUUCUCCCAGAUUGUCUUUUCAGUUUCAAUAAGCGGGCUUUCCUGAUUUAAAUCUCUGAUCUGCUUGUUACGAGCUUUGUCACCUUGGACAAGUUACUUUUCUAAACCUUAGUUUUCUCAUUUGUCAAUGGAAAAAAUUUUACAUACUUCAUUUGACUAUUGUAAGGAUUACAUGAGAGAAUGCAAGUCACUUAGCACAUUGCCUAGUACAUGGUAAACGGCACAUAGUAUCAAUUACUCAAUAGAUGUUUGAUACUAAUUAUUAUCAUUAAUUCUGAUAUAAAGAUUUUAAACUCAUUUAUAUUUAGUCUACUUUUUUCUAAACAGGAUUUUUCUUAACACUGAAGGUUAGGUAACUGUUGCUUUAUGUUUGCAUGAGUCAGUCGAGUGAAGGAUAGAUUUCUGAACCUUUUGAUGAACUUAAUUGGGCUCCUGAGUCCCUUGAAACUACCAGUGAAAUAUCAAGAUUAUUAAGAAUUUCAUCUAAUUACCAUCUCAGCCAUAGUUCAGAGAAUAAUUUUAUUCCAGUGGUAGCACUGAAUUCAUUUUGUAUAUUAAAGAAAAAUUAAUGUUAAGGCUUAUUCCUCUUUCUCAGAAGAGCAAAGUUCACGUAGAGAUACAUAAUCAUCUUCACUUACAGGUAAUUACUUCCCCAGUAUUUUCCAGUAACACAUUUUGACUCUCAAAAAUUUUCUUCAGAAAAUUUUAUAAAAUUAUUUAUGACACAUCAAGUCUCUAGUUUAGUAGAAAAAUAACAUGAAAUAUUCUAUAUUAAUUCUAUCACUUUCUUCCUGUUUAUCAGACUCUUUAGUUAUCUUAGAGAGAUAGUGUGGUAGAAUGGAAAAAUAAUAUUUAGAAUCAGAAAACCUGAGUUCAAGUUCAAUAUAUAGUUUUGUGUUUAGUUCAGAGCUCUGGCUCUGCAGUCACACAAGGCUGAGUUUGGAUCUUAGCUUCUCUCUUCACUAACUUUGGGACUUGGAGUUAGUUACUUAACUUCUCUGAGUCUCAUUUUUCCUCACCUCUAAAAUAGUGGUUUUAUGGGGUUGGAGACAGUCUCGAUUGUUAAAUUUGUCUCUUAUUUCUGUAUCUUUUGCCAAGAUAUUUAACUUUGUUAAGCCUGUUUCUUCAUCUGUAAACUUGGUAUAAUAAUACUUAUAUCUGAAUUUUGUGGGGAUAAAUUAUAUAAUCGAUUUGUAGUGCCUGAACUGUAGUGGGUUCUCAAUAAAUAUUAAUUCCUUCCCCUACUUCUUACCUGCACUAGACAUUUUAGCACGUGAUUAUUCGGUAGCAUGUACUGCAUUACAUUUUUCAUUAAGUAUUCAUAUAUAACUGUUUCGUGUGUUGAAGUCUUUUCCAUUCUAGAAUAUUCUAAGGUAUUUUAGAGAAGGAUCCUUGAAAAUACCUUUUUUAUAUCUCCAAAGUGCUGUGCACAUAGCAGGUGCUCUUCAUAGACUUGUUAACUGUGUUUACUCAAGAACAUUUCUUGUUUGUUCCUUAUCUAAAUGCAACAGGAACCAUUAAGAUAGAAACAUAGUGAAGAGAACAGUACUGGUUUGCCACAUUGCACAACUCCAGAAGGUGGAAUUCACAUCAAAUGACACCCCAUGGAGUUGUCGGGUUGUUCCACACACCUAAAGGGGUAUGUGGUGUGUGGAAAGAUAAUUAUUCCAGAGACCUGAGCUCUAAAGAUACUUAUUGCAACUUCAAAUUGAUUCUGAGUAGGCUGGCAUCAAAAAACAGAAAAAUAAAAAUAUAUAUUAAUUAAGCUUACAAUGGACAUAGAAACUAUCUUCCAUUGUCUUAAAAAGAUACUUUAAUUCAUGAUGUCCUUGGUUAUUUUGAGACAUGAUGAAUAACAACAAAAAUAUGGAUUGACAUUCAGUAAGGGAAAGUACAGAAUAACAGCUAGAAAUGAAAGACAUUCAUAUGAAUUUUGAGAAAAGUGUGAUAGCGAACAAGCACAGCAAGGCAAAAAAUCCCAGGAUGUACGGUGUCUAGCAAUAUCACGUUCAUUUCUACAUCUUAGCUGUAGAUCGUUCAUCUGCAGGGAAAAUAUAAAACACAGUCUUGAGCUGUACAAUUGGAAAAAUAAUAUAGAAAUGGUGUGGCGAUCAACCCACUAUACAUAUCACUGAUAAGAACUUCUCUGGGAUUGCCUUUCUCGUGCUGAG